CUUGAUUAGUGAGUGAAAUCGAAUUUUUACAGAAUUUAUGUACAAAUGAUUUGAUCGUGCCGGGACUGCACUAGGAUGUCAGGUGGAGCAGAACUUCUUCAGCAAGAGACUUUGCCCAAAAUCCAGGAGACACCUUGUGUGGAUGAGAACGGAGUGGCGAGUGAACAGAACGUGACCUUCACAAUCAACGAAGAGGACCACACUCUGGGCAAUGUGCUGAGAUUUGUACUGGCAAAAUAUCCCGAGACUGAUUUCGUAGGAUACACCGUACCUCACCCCACGCAGUACAGAAUAAUCCUGAGGAUACAAGCUAAAAAGGGGCACAAGGCACAUGAUCUACUUGUGAGAGCACUGAAGGAUUCCAGACUCAUCUUCCAGACUAUGAAGGGCACUUUUUCAGAUGCUUACAAACGCCAUUCUGAACUGAACAAUAAAUGAGCAAAAGAAAUGAAACUAAUCAUUUGUUGUUAAGUUAUAAAUUGUUUUGGAAAUUUGAUUGAUCA